AAGUGAAAUUACCGAAAAAUACUGGUAAAUUAUGCUAAUUAACUAUGAUAAUAGCUACCUACGCAGGUUGUAAUUUUUACACAUUCAAUGCACUAAUUGAAGCAAACAUGGUUUUAAUCCAUCGAUUAUUUGUUCUAUUAUAAUUUGUAAAUUAUAUUUUAUAAUGCACCGAACCCACGAUUAGCCGAAAAUUAUUCCCGAACGCCGGGCCAGCGUUUC